AUUUUUUUCCUCUUUAAAAAAACAUCAAUAAAAACAUGUUCUCUUGUUCUUCUUCCAUGGUUUUUUGUGACAAAGAGAUUUGAAGAGGACCGCUUUAUCAUCAGAAAAUUAAGUUAGUAAUUUGUUUGCAGAAAAUCAUCUAAUUGUGAGUGCCAUAUAUGAGAGAGAAAGUUUGAUAAAAGGAGUAAUAACAGGAAAAGAAACCUUGUCUUUUUACUUGGUUGCAUUGAAUUCAAUUCAAUUCUCUCUCUAUCUCUAUCUCUUCUCUUUGUAUCUAUAGCUCUUAAGAGAGAAAAUACAUAACCGACUCUCUUACUCUCUCUCUCUUUUUUUUUCCGUGGAAAAAGGAAAAUGAUUUUAAGUAGAAGAAACAAAAGGCGGUUUCAUCAUUCAUGAAGCUUACGAAAGAGUUUACUACUACUACUUAAAAAACAAGAGUAAGAGACAAAGUUUUUAGGUUGUUUUUUUGUUAUAUAUAUAUGGCUUCCAGUGUUGAAAAACCAAACCAAACCACUACUCAACUAGAACCACUCCCACCACCUCAACACCGUCAUCAUCAACAACAUAAACCACAACAUCAUCAUCAUCCAAUACAUGAUCAUAAUCAAAUUUCUUUUGGAAUGAUGCAAUCUUCUUCAUCACCCUCUGUCCUUGGAAACUACAUCAGAAAUAAAGAUUCUGGAGCUUAUGAUUUGGGUGAAUUAGAUCAAGCCCUUUUUCUCUAUCUUAAUGGACAAACUGACCCAUCCAGUGUUCAAGACCAAAAACAGAAUUCAACAUCAGGAAUGAGGCCACCAACUCUUAACAUUUUUCCUUCUCAGCCUAUGCAUGUAGAGCCAUCAUCGUCCAAUUCUAAGGCUAGCAUGGAUUUAGUUUCUCCGCAAACAAGUGGAUCCAAGAAAGGAUCAGAGCCACCCAAAGCUGUUAAGCCGCGAGAGAAAAAUCAUGGCAAGGGUCCAACUUCAAGUUCUGAACAUGAAGGACCUAAAACACCAGAUCCUAAGAUACUGAGAAGACUUGCUCAGAAUAGAGAAGCAGCUAGAAAAAGCAGGCUUAGAAAAAAGGCAUAUAUUCAGCAGCUUGAAUCAAGUAGAAUUAAACUUAAUCAGAUGGAACAGGAACUACAUCAUGCUAGAAAUCAAGGCAUGUUCUUUGGUGGAGGUGCAAUGUUGGGAGGAGAACAAGGCCUUCCUUCUAUGAACACCAUUAGCUCAGAGGCUGCAAUGUUCGACGUGGAAUAUGCGAGGUGGCUUGAGGAGCACCACCGUUUAGUAUGUGAACUAAGAGCUGCAGUUCAUGAGCACAUUCCUGAGAAUGAGCUUAGAAUGUUUGUGGACAAAUUCUUGGCUCAAUAUGAUCAAGUAGCUCAACUUAAGAGCUUAGUUGCAAAAGCAGAUAUAUUUCAUCUUGUUUCUGGCAUGUGGGUUACCCCAAUUGAACGUUGCUUCAUGUGGAUUGGUGGAUUUAAGCCUUCUGAACUCAUUAAGAUCAUUGUGAGUCAAAUUGAACCACUGACCGAGCAACAAAUAAUGGGCAUAUAUGGAUUGCAACAAUCUACACAACAGGGAGAAGAUGCUCUCUCUCAAGGACUUGAGGCACUCAAUCAAACUCUUUCUGAAACUAUAACAUCAGAUUCAUUGAGCUAUCCUCCCAAUAUGACCAACUACAUGGACCAAAUGGCAAGGGCCAUGAACAAACUCUCCACUCUUGAAAGUUUCGUCAGAGAGGCAGAUAAUCUACGGCACCAAACCAUUCACCGUCUGAAUCAGAUCCUAACGACGCGUCAAGCAGCAAGGUGUUUUCUUGCCAUGGCUGAGUACUUCCAUCGUAUGCGAGCAUUGAGUUCUCUGUGGUUGGCACGCCCUCGUCAAGAAUAGCAUUCAGUGGCUCAUCACCUAAAGCUAACUAUAGCUAUAUAUAUAUGGUCCUUAAUUUGUAGCUUUAAUUUUUCUUAACAUUAUAAAUUUAAUGUUCUUUUCUCUCCCUUUAAUUUGUUACCAUCCUCCGUCCCUUUUUAAUCUUAAGAAGCUCUGUACAAAUAUAUAGACAGAUAACUAUAUAAUAGAAUUGAAUUAUAACAA